GUGAAGCGGCUCUGCUCCGGGUCCGAGUCCGCUCUGCUGCCUCCAUCUCCGGCUCUGCUCUGGCUGCUGCCCCGGUGUCUGCUCCGGCUCCUCCUCAGGUUCACCGUAUGGACGGACUGCCAGCGGCGACCAUGGAGCAGAAGCCGUGCAUCGAGUACCACGACCUGGAGGCUGCUGAGGCGCUCGUCAGCAUGAGCUUCUGGGGUCAAAGGUCACACAAACCCCGCCCCCUGACUCCAACCUCUGACUCGUGUGACUCCAUCCAGCUCCACCCGGAGGGAGGCGACGCCCCCAAAGACCUGAGCGCUCUGUCGUCACUGUGUAUGACUCCACCUCACAGUCCGAGCUUCGCUGAGUCCUCCACCUCCCCCGCACUGAGCCCCGCCCCCAGACCAGUCUUCCCCCGCCUGGCGCUGUGCAGAGGCCCCGCCCUCCUCAGCGACUCCUCCUCCCACUUCCCCUCGGACACCUCAGCACCGUCACCUCAGACGGAGUCGUGCUGUGUGGCUCCGCCCGGCAGAGCCAUGGCCACCAGCGUCAUCCGCCACACCGCCGACAGCCUCACCCCUCCUCCUCCUCCGCCUGCCCCCUCCUGUGCCCCCCCAACAGAAACGCCUCCUCGGCCAGGACUUCUAGAGACGCCUCCAGAGAAGGAGGAUGGACGUCCUCUAUCUCCUCACAGCCCGUCCUGUCCUCCCUCCCCAGUGUCUCCUCCUCACUUCUCCCAAAUGUCUUCCUCCCUGUCCUCGCCGGUCUCUUCCUCCCGGCUGCUCUGUCAGGUGAUCCCAGUGAGCGGCCGGACUGGGAUGAUCUCCGCCUUUGUCCAAGCUCCGGUUCAAAUGCAGACCCAGGGGGGGCCAAAGCCCCUCCUGCCCCAGUCUGCUCACAGUUUCACGCAGUCUCUGCUGUUGGGCUCGGCCAUGCCACAGGGGACCGUGAUGUUCGUGGUCCCUCAGCCGCCCGUCUCCCAGGCGCCGCAGGGCCCGCAGACCAUCAUGACCCUGGGCAACACCAAGCUGCUGCCGCUGGCCCCGGCUCCAGUUUACAUGCCGCCAGGAGCGAGCGGCGCCUCGCAGGCCGACUUCUCCCGCAGGCGAAACUACGUCUGCAGCUUCCCCGGCUGCAAAAAGACGUAUUUCAAGAGUUCCCACCUGAAGGCUCACCUGCGCACACACACAGGUGAGAAGCCGUUCAGCUGUCACUGGGAGGGAUGUGACAAAAAGUUUGCCCGCUCUGACGAGCUUUCUCGCCACCGAAGGACGCACACUGGCGAGAAGAAGUUUGUCUGCAACGUGUGUGACCGGCGCUUCAUGCGCAGUGACCACUUGACCAAACAUGCUCGGCGACACAUGACCUCCAAGAGGGCGACCUCUUGGCCCGCCGAAACCGGAGACCUCAACAGAGUGGCCCUGGCCACGGCCCAAAACAGAGGCCCCGCGCUUCCAGUCGGCGUGCUCAUUCCCACCGCCAACUAACAGACUCAGGAGCCCACAGGGCCGACUCAGGACCCCAGGAGGGGGGGGGGGGGGGGGUUGUUCACUCCACCCGUCACAUCAGGACCACCAUUUCUACUCCACACCUCGAUCAGCCAGUGAACACGUGACGACCGGGCCCGGCUACGUUUAUACACAGAACAGAACAGGGUCAAAACUAUCACAUCAAACUAAACCAGACCAGUUAUCUGUUUUCUUCUCAUGUUGCCAGUGGAACUAAACCUUUCUGAGAUGAGCAGCAUUGGCCAGACUCACCAGCUCCCCCCUGAGGCUGAAACAUUCACUACACUCCAACUACUAGUAAAUCCGUCUCUUCUUCAGUAAAACGCACAGAGAAACGUCCGGAGAUUGUAAACACUCACAAAUACCAAGAUACUGUGGCUGCAAACAGGUCAUGGUGGGUGACGCUAAGCUCACGGGCUACUGUACACGAACAUCAAGGUGUGUGAAUGCCACAUAUGAUUAAGAAUUACCAGCUUUAGUAAUCAAGUGUUUUUGUAACCUGGUUAAAAUAUAGGUUUAUUUCAUGUAGACGUAGCUGGAGCCGGACGACAGCGAGUUCCCCCCCCAGCUCAGGACAUUUUCUUCCCACAAACUCGAAGAGGAGGAAGAUGAGGAAGAGGAGGACGUGAAGGCGACAGGCUGCUAUUCAUCCACAGACAGAAACCAACAAAAACCUGACAUUGCACUGGAUUUUUUAAAUCUUGCUUGUUUUUGUACUCUCUCCGUGAAUAAUCAUGUUUACUACAUGUGUAUAUGUCAAGUGUAGCUAAAUGUAUGCACUCGUUUUGUUUUUUGCCAAAGCCCCUGUAUUGUUUGUUUGUCUGUGACUGUAAAUAAUGUAAAUAUAUUGAUAUCUAUAACAAUGUUAUGUGUAUUCCAAUCUGCAUUUAUGACAGUACAAGUUAUUGAUAUUUAAAAAAUGUCAGUGGACAGUAUUCCUCACUGUGAUACUACCUACUAUCUUUGCUUUACACAAUAUUAUUCUUAUUUAAUAAUUAUAUGUUGAGGAUAAAGUACUGUUUUUGAUAGCUUGAUUUGGCCCAUAGUGUAGCCAGUAAGAAAAUACCUCAUGUUAUUAAAUGUUAUUCUUAAUAAUAUCCACUUUUCUUGGAAUAAUCCCGUUUCUAAACAUUUGCCUAUAAGGGAUUGUGAAGAAAAUGGCUUUUAUAAUAAAAACGUACAUCCAUCAA